CGGAAAGAGGCGGGGCGUUGUUACCAGGCACCGCCUUCUGCCUUCCUCCGGUGGCGUUCGCGAGGCUCCUCAGCAGAAGUGAGCGCGGGCCCAGCCUGAGAUGGCUGAUUCUGACCCUGGGAAAAGAAACUACGACAACAUACUGAGAAUGCUGUCAGACUUGAAUAAGGACUUGGAAAAGCUAUUGGAAGAAAUGGAAAAAAUCUCAGUGCAGGCAACCUGGAUGGCCUAUGACAUGGUCGUCAUGCGCACUGACCCUGUGCUGGCAGAGUUCAUGCGCCGGCUGGAAGAUGCCUUCCUCAACUGCAAGGAGGAGAUGGAGAAGAACUGGCAGGAGCUGCUCAGUGAGACCAAACGCAAGCAAUAAACCCCACUGCCCAGUUACAGCCACCAUCCAGAAGCUCAGGAUCAGUCAGUUACCCUGAUGUACAGCUGUAUGCACAGUCUUGUUUCUCAAUAAACUUAUUUUGAAGCACA